AUGGAGUCAUCGCAUUCGGUUGUGUCGGAGCUAGAAGGAACACUACUGAAAAACCCAAAACCCUUCGCUUACUUCAUGCUCGUGGCUUUCGAAGCUUCAGGUCUAAUCCGUUUCGCGAUCCUACUGCUUCUCUGGCCCAUCAUAGCACUCCUCGACGUUUUGGGUUACAGAAACGGUAGCCUCAAGUUAAUGAUCUUUGUCGCAACGGCCGGUUUGCACAAAUCAGAGAUCGAAUCAGUUGCUAGAGCCGUUCUUCCCAAAUUUUACAUGGAUGAUGUCAGCAUGGACGCUUGGAGAGCUUUUGGUUCCUGCGAGAGGAGAAUCGUUGUGACAAGAAUGCCAAGAGUUAUGGUAGAGAGAUUCGCUAAGGACCAUCUUAGAGCCGAUGAGGUCAUUGGUACAGAGAUUAUCGUGAACCGUUUCGGCUAUGCCACCGGUUUGAUUCAGGAGACCGAUGUGGAUCGAUCUGUUUCCAACAAUGUUGCUAACUUGUUUGUUGUUGGGAGACCUCAACUAGGUCUCGGACGACCGGUUAUCUCAACUUCUCCAACUUUCCUAUCGCUAUGUGAGAAAUACAUUUGA